AGUCUCCAGCAUUUCCUCCAUUUCUUCAUUAUAAUUUCUCUGUUCUCCAAUGGCAAAGCAAUCUUUAGCCUUCAUUGUUUUCACCCUCGCUUGUUUCCUCUUGCACGGCAAUGCCUCAGGUGCUAGCAUUGGGACUAAUCAAGUCAUGGAACAAAGUUGGUGCAUUGUUAAGCCUUCAAUGGACAUUGAUCAGCUGCAAAAGAACAUAGAUUACUGCUGCACCCAGGCAGAAAACAACUGCGGCACGAUCCAACCUGGGGGUCCAUGCUACAACCCUAACAACCUAGUCUCAGAUGCUUCUGUUGUGAUGAACUUCUACUUCCAGAAAUCGGGCAAUCAACAGAGUGCCUGCUAUUUCAAUGGUAGCGGGCUCAUUAUACAAGAAGAUCCAUCUGUUGGAGCCUGCAUAUAUCCUGCAAAUUAAAUAGAGCGCGUGGACAUAAGCAGUACUAAAUAAAUAUAAGAUGGAGUUGGAUUUGGGAGCUGCCGGUGUUGGAGUGCUAGAGAGAAUGAUGUAAAUAAAGCUAUUAUAGUAAUAAUCAAAAUCAUAUGUGUUGUUAUGGACCUAACUUUCUUUGUUAUUCAGGGAAGAAUUAAUUAUAAAUGAAUUUGGAUAUU